CCCGGGGGAGCUGCGCCCGCUCUGCUCCGCGUCCCGCCGCGCUGUUGGGACCGGAGGGGGGGGGUCUUCUGUCUUCUUCGUUCCUCGGUUUAGUUGUGCGGGUUUUUUUGUUUUUUGGUUUUUAUUUUUUAUUUUUUUUUCCCACCCGUUUGGCGGUUAGGUGGUUGAUUAUUGUUUUUGUUUUUUUUUUUUUAGAUUUUUUUAUUUUAUUUUAUUUUAUUUUAUUUUAUUUUUUGGCCGUUUUUCGAUUCUCCGGGUUUAAAAUCUAUUUAUUUAUUUAUUUAUUUGUUAGUAAAUCGUUGUGGUAUCGCGUUGGGCGUUUUCAACGCUGUUUUUGAAUUCUCGGCGUUUUCUCCCGUCUCUCCUCUCUCCCCCCCCCCAUCUCCCCCCCCCCCACCCCCCCCGCAAUCCCCGAAGGCCGGCUGGCGGAGAAGUUCAGGCUCUCACCUGAACCUUCGCUGCGUGGUAUAUGCUGCUGGGAUACCUGUAAGAGCUCGCCCAGGAAUGGUGGAUCACCUGGUGCCUACUGAUGAAUCCUUUUCAUCUACAAGGUCUUCUCUGGGAUACUUUAGGGACAUGACAGCAGGGGUGAGGUCCUACCAAAUGCUGCCCUCUCCUCUGUCAGAAGAUGACAGCGACUCGUCCAGCUUUUGUUCUUGUUCCAGCCCGGAAUCCCAAGUUCUCAGCUCCAGCUAUGGAAGCACAUCCAGUGCAGAGAGUCAGGACAGCAUCUUAGACUACUUGCUGUCCCAGGCAUCUUUGGGGAACACCGCUGUGUCAUGGUGGGACAAAAGGAGACUUCAGCCCAUAGUGAAAGAGGAGUAUUUUAGGUUGCCUGAAUUCGCUGUGGAUAUGGAAGACUCUGGACCAUUUCAGCCCACGCUUGAGGAAAUUGAGGAAUUUCUGGAAGAAAACAUGGAGCUGGAGCUCAAAGAAAGACCUAAAAGUGAGACCAAGGACUUGAGAGCUUGCAGCCAAGUUUCUGUUUCUUCGCUACAGCAAAAAGACCAUAUGUUACCCAGUGCUACUUUAAAAGAGAGUAAAAAUGAACAGUUGAACAGCUCGACGGAAGGUGGCCAAGCUUCAAAUGGAGGAGUGUCCCUGGAGAAUGGCAUACCGGUUAUGCUCCAAAUUCAGCCUGUACAGAUCAAACAGGAGUCCACCACGAGCCCUAGCUCCCAAGGACCAGCACAGGAGAACAUUAAAAUUGCACAGCUCCUAGUCAACAUCCAAGGACAGACGUUUGCCCUUGUGCCCCAGAUAGUUCAGUCAUCCAAUUUGAACUUGCCCUCUAAAUUUGUCCGCAUUGCUCCCGUCCCCAUCGCUGCCAAGCCAAUUGGGCCAGGAGGCAUGAUCCAGGGUCAGACGGGAAUCAUCAUGGGUCAGAAAUUUCAAAAGAACCCUGCAGCAGAACUCAUUAAAAUGCACAAAUGUUCUUUCCCUGGUUGUACCAAGAUGUACACGAAAAGCAGCCAUUUGAAAGCCCACCUGAGGAGGCAUACAGGAGAAAAGCCUUUUGCUUGCACGUGGCCAGGUUGCGGAUGGAGGUUCUCCAGGUCAGAUGAGCUGUCUCGGCAUCGGCGCUCUCACUCAGGGGUGAAACCCUACCAGUGUCCCGUCUGCGAGAAGAAAUUUGCUCGAAGCGACCACUUGUCCAAACACGUCAAGGUGCAUCGGUUCCCGCGAAGCAGCCGCUCCGUGCGCUCCGUGAACUGACUGCUCCCACCUCCCCUCCCGCAGCCGUCCCACAGCAGCCGAUGACAGCACUUUGCUCACUACAUUUCUAGUGAUAAUUUAUUUGUCUUCACAGAACAGUCAAUGCUGUUACUUGAUACCACCGUGUCCGAGUAUCCCGUGUCCUGUAAAGAUGAUUUGAGAAUGAAGAUAUUUUGGGGUCAGGGGAGGGGGAUGUUUUUCCUUUUUUUUUUCUUCUCCUUUUUUUUUUUUUUUUUCAAGGAUGCUUUUUUUCCUUUCUCUCUAUCUUUCCCUUCUUUGCUGCUGCUUCUUUUGGAAAUUACAGUGUUUUAUUUUUAGCUGUUUUCUGCUGCACAGGAAAAUGUAAGAGUUGCUUGCUGCUAGUUAAUUAUAGCCCUGGCAUUCCUGAGGGCUUUGCUCAUGUACAGGCCAUUCAUUGUGAGUUUUUAUUAAGCUGCUCUAUUUGUCCAGUUUGGAAACAGCAAAUUCCUUUUGAAAUGAAAACAACUCCUUUGUUUUUGGGUCGCCCGAGCCAAGGAUUUGUAGGGGCCGGCCAUAGGAGGAGGAACAGUGGGAGUCAGGGAGAGGGGGAGGCGAGACAUGCGAGUACUGGAACGUGCCUCUGCACCGCUCUCAUUUCUCCAGCUUGCAUUUACCUUUUCCUUGGUUAGGGCUAUAUAUAAAUAUUUAUGUAUAUACAUACAUACAUACAUAUAUAUAUAUAUAUAUAUUUAAGCUAUGAUGUACCCCAAACAAACCCAAAGCUCAGGCUGGAUGAAAUGGUUUGGCGCAGAGGCCUUUUGGUGUGACUCACUGCAUCCCAUGCUCAUGUUUUUCCUGUCCUGUGCUACCAUUGAGGGUGAAAGGAUGCCCACAAAUCGAAGGAAACUGCUUUCCUUCGCCUUGAAGCAUCCACCGCCUUUAGCAGAAGAGCUGUUGUCUAAUAUGUAAGGCAGCAGGAGGCUGCUUGCAAACGACUGUGCUCUGCACCUGCCGAGCACUGAGAACUCACUGCCCACUCAGCCUGAUGCCUCACUAGCUGGGGCUGAGGCUCCAUUUCCCCAGUACCCAAACUGGGUGCCAACCAGGUGAGCAAACACAAGGAGGUCUUCUGUCCCAGGGUGAGCUUCAGCGCUGAACUUUUCCUUACCAACAGCCAUGUCAGAGCUCCACACAGCUGGGGUGGGUGAAUGGGUGAGAACAGCCAAAAGAAAUCAGUUUGUAUGGUAGUUGGCUAAGAAGGGAAUUUAAGCAAAUGAUCAGAUUGUAGCAGGCAAGUGAUUGUGUUUCUUCUUGUUUCAUUUUUCCUUUUGAACUCUGGCAAUUGUAAGAAGCUAUAGAAGAAAAUAGAAUUCAGUAAUUAGGAGCAAUUUUUUAAUGGAUGUUGCAUUUCCUUUCCAUUCGCAGACGGCAUCUGUUUGUCUUUUUGUUGGCAAAAUGGGAAAUAGAAAGCUGCGAUCCUAGUGCCAGGCAGAGCGGGAGCCCGCACUGCAGGAACAGCAGGUCUAGCAAAGGCGAAUGCAUUCCUUUUGUCCUCUAGAAAUUAAUAUAAAUGAACUAUCAUCUAUUGACUGGUUUAUAUCACAUCCUAUGAAUGUAUGUAAAUAAAACUGUACAUAGAUGCAUAUCUAUAUAAAAUAUCUUUUAAUAACAUAUCAAAAUUUGUGUAAAUUGGAAACAAAAAUACCUAUAAAGCCAGUGUACAUAAGUUACAAUUCUGUAUAUUUUCUUUUGUUCUUCAUAAAAAAUACUUUGACAAUAAAAUGAAAAUGGAAAUUUUAAA